UCCGCCUUUCCCGAUCAAAGAAAUGUUCCAAUCAUAGAGUUUACUCAUUUGUAUCUGCCUGCUUCAACUUUAGCUUCAUCAGAUAGGCUCCCUCCCAUAUGGCCAUUAUAAGCAAUCCAAGAGUUUGCUUCUCCUACGCCGCAUACGCCAAGAACAUCAUCGCCGCCCUCAAAUCCCUCGACAUUCCGGUGGAGGAAGGGCUCUCCGACUUCGAAUUCUCCGCCCUCGAAUCCAAUCUCGAAUUCUCCUUCCCUCCCGACCUCCGCUCCAUCCUCCGCGAAGGCCUCCCCGUCGCCCCCGGCUUCCCCAACUGGCGAUCCGCGUCCCCCCAGCAGCUCGAGGUCCAGAUCAAUCUCCCGAUUUUGGGGCUGCGCAAGGAAGUUUCCAGAGGCCGGUUUUGGCUCCGCCGCUGGGGUUCACGCCCCGAGGAUGAACGACAGGCGGUGAUUUCGGCCAAGGAGUUUCUGAGAUCCGUUCCGGUUCUCGUCCCCAUUUUCCGCCAAUUUUACAUCCCUGCCUCGCCGCAAUCCGCCGGGAAUCCGGUGUUCUACGUGCACGGGGCGGAGGUGGAGGUGUGGAGCUUCGAUCUCGCCGGAUUUUUCCAGCGAAUCGAGUUCCGGAGACGAGACGAGCGGAUGACGACGGGAGACUUGAACGACAAGGCGCCUGCGUGGGCGGCGACGAGAGCGCGGAGGAUUGAGUUCUGGACGGAGUUGGCGGCGGAAGUGGAGAAAUCGAAGGCGGAAUCCGGUGCCGGAAAAGUGGGGUUGGAAGAGCGCAUGGGGGAGGCGGCGCGGAGGCUGGCGGAGGGAGGGUGGGGUGAGGAGGACGUGAGGGAGAUGAUGGCGAUGGACGGCUGCGAUCGCGAGAGGAUAACAGACGGCGAGAUUAUUUCGGAUUGGGAAGGUGUGACGUGUCACCUGCGGUUGUUAUCGAGGAGGUUGUUGCGUGGGGGAUGGUGCACGAAAGAUGUCGUGGACUCGCUCGGAUUCUCCGAUGAUGAUGAUGAUUGUUAUCAAUCGUCCUUCUUAUUAGAAAGAACUGUCAAAGAGUAGGGUAGGAGUAGCAAAAAUUUUAAAAUGUACUCCAAUGGUCACAAAAGGAAUUAAGAUAUUUGAUUUUA